CUUCAGCUCCCCAGGAACAUGAUUGAAAACAGCAUGUUUGAGGAAGAACCAGAUGUGGUGGAUUUAGCCAAAGAGCCUUGUUUACAUCCCCUGGAACCUGAUGAGGUGGAAUAUGAACCUCGGGGCUCAAGACUACUUGUUCGUGGUCUUGGAGAACAUGAGAUGGAUGAGGAUGAAGAGGAUUACGAAUCAUCUGCAAAACUGCUGGGCAUGUCUUUCAUGAACAGAAGCUCAGGUCUUCGGAAUAACAUAACCGGCUAUAGACAGGGUCCAGAUGGGGCCUGUUCAUUGCCCUCUGCAAGGACCAUGCUAGUUUGUACUUUUGUCCUUGUGGUUGCUGUUUCUGUAAUAAUGGUGAUUUACCUUCUUCCCCGGUGUACCUUUACCAAAGAAGGCUGCCAUAAAAAAAAUCAGUCCAUGGAAUUAAUACAACCUAUUGCAACGAAUGGGAAGUUGUUUCCCUGGGCUCAGAUUAGACUUCCCCAAAACAUAAUGCCAUUACAAUAUGAACUCAACAUAUACCCAAACCUUACCACAAUGCAAUUUGAGGGUUCUGUGGAGAUUAAGGUUCGGGUCCUUAAAGUCACUCGGAAUAUUAUUCUCCAUAGCUCUGGGCAUAAUAUCUCAAAUGUAUUGCUUGCUUCAGAAGUUUCAAAGCAAGAGAAACAAGUUGAAUUCUUGGAAUAUAAAUUUCAUGACCAAAUUGCAAUCAUAGCACCUGAAGCACUUCUGGAAGGACACAACUAUACCCUGAAGAUAAACUAUUCAGCAAAUAUAUCUAACAACUACUAUGGAUUUUAUGGAGUCACAUAUGAAGAUGAAAAGAAAAACAAAAAGUACUUUGCAGCAACUCAGUUUGAACCUCUUGCAGCCAGGUCUGCUUUUCCUUGUUUUGAUGAACCAGCAUUUAAAGCAACAUUUGUCAUCAAGAUUGUGAGGGAGGAACAAUAUACAGCUUUGUCAAAUAUGCCUAAGAAAUCAUCUGUUCCAGUGGAAGGUGGGCUUAUUAAGGAUGAAUUUUUUGAGAGCGUGAAAAUGAGUACAUAUCUAGUUGCCUUCAUUGUGGGAGAAUUGAAGAAUAUGACCCAGGAGACAAAUGGAACUCUGGUUUCUAUUUACACUGUGCCAGAGAAGAUUGAUCAAGUCAAACAUGCCCUUGAUACAGCAGUGAAACUUCUUGAUUUUUACCAACACUAUUUUGAAAUCAAAUACCCUCUUCAGAAAUUAGAUUUGGUAGCUAUUCCUGACAUUCAAGCUGGAGCUAUGGAAAAUUGGGGUUUGAUCACUUUCCGAGAAGAAACGCUCUUAUAUGAUAAUAAUACUUCUUCUGUGAUGGAUAGAAAACUGGUUACAAGAAUAAUUGCACAUGAACUGGCUCACCAGUGGUUUGGCAACCUAGUAACUAUGCAGUGGUGGAAUGAUCUUUGGCUAAAUGAAGGAUUUGCUACUUUCAUGGAAUAUUUCUCCUUGAAUAAAAAUUUCAAACAGUUAGCAAGUUAUGAGGAUUUCUUGAAUGCUCGUUUUAAGACCAUGAAGAAGGAUUCUCUGAAUUCAUCUCAUGCAACAUCAUCUUCCGUUCAGUCUUCGGAGCAAAUUGAAGAAAUGUUUGAUUCCCUUUCCUAUUUUAAGGGAGCAUCUCUUUUGUUAAUGCUGAAAACUUUUCUGACAGAAGAUGUGUUUCAACAUUCUAUUGUGAUUUAUUUGCACAAUCACAGAUAUGCAUCCAUUCAAAGUGAUGACCUUUGGAAUAGUUUUAAUGAGGUCACAAGAGAAACUCUUGAUGUAAAAACAAUGAUGAAAACUUGGACCCUGCAGCCAGGAUUUCCUUUGGUAACUGUUCAAAGAAAAGGGAAACAAAUUUUCGUACAACAAGAGAGAUUCUUUCAAAGUACUACAAAUUCUGGAGUUCAUCCUUCGGAUUCAAGCCAUCUGUGGCAUAUUCCACUCUCCUUCAUCACUAGUGAUUGUAAGCCAUCAGAAUGUCCACGUAUGUUGUUACUGGACAAAAAAUCAGAUGUCCUCAUUCUUACAGAAGAAGUACAGUGGGUUAAGUUCAAUCUGGAUAUGACUGGGUACUACAUCGUACACUAUGCAGAUCCUGACUGGGACGCACUAAUUCAGCAACUACAAAGAAACAUUAGUGUCUUGAGUGACAAAGACCGAGCUGGCCUUAUCAAUAAUAUUUUCGAGCUUUCAAGCUUAGGAAAGGUGUCUCUGAAAAAGGCCUUUGAUCUGAUUGAUUACCUUGGAAAUGAAACUCAUACUGCACCAAUCACUGAAGCCCUCUUCCAAACUGAUCUCAUCUAUGAGCUGCUUGAAAAAAUUGGAGAGGUAGAGCUAGCCCAAAGGAUGGUGACAAGGGUGAAAAACUUGCUUCAGCACCAAAUCCGAGAGCAAACUUGGACCGAUGAGGGGACGCCGUCGAAGAGAGAACUUCGCUCCCUCCUGCUAGACUUUGCCUGCACUCACCAUCUGGAGAACUGUAACGCGGAGGCCCUGAAGCUGUUCCAAGACUGGGUAGAUUCCAAUGGUACUAAAAGCCUGCCGACUGACGUCCUGACGGUGGUGUUCAAAGCCGGAGCACAAACCGAGGCGGGCUGGACGUUCCUGUUGGAGAAGUACGGCUCUUUAGAAUCAGAAGCCGAGCGGAACAAAGUCCUCGAAGCUCUCGCCAGCACGGAGGACGUCCGGAAGCUUCACUGGUUAUUGAGAGCUAGUCUUGAUGGAGAUGUCUUCCGAGCACAAAAGCUGCCCAUCAUCAUUAAAACUGUCGGCCGAAGUUUUGCUGGACAUUUAUUGGCAUGGGAUUUUGUCAAAGAGAAUUGGAAUAGGCUUGUACAGAAGUUCCAUUUAGGAUCCUAUACCAUUCAGAGCAUUGUUGCUGGCACAACUCAUCUGUUUUCAACAAAGACACAUUUAUCUGAGGUACAGUUGUUCUUCGAAGCCCAGUCAGAGGCGACCUCACGACUCCGUUGUGUCCAGGAGGCCAUUCAGAUCAUCCAACUGAAUAUCCAGUGGAUGGAGAAGAACCUUAAACACCUGCCUCUCUGGCUGUAGAGUACAGGAUGUCACCUCUUUGUGUUUGCCAUGCAGAAAGUUUGUGAAAUGUUGAUCUGUUGUUGCUUUUGCAAAAGCCAGGAUGAAGCCAGGUAUCACUGCUAUGUUGUUUGCACUAGUAGGUCACCUCGUGAGUGAGCUCAGGGCACAUCCCCUUUGUAUUUUAUCUGUGUUCCCUGGAGCACCCGUGGGCAGGACGUAGGCCACUGAUUACAGAACUGUUCACUGAUGUCCACCAAACAUCUACAGAAAAUUUUAAAUGAAAACCCUACAAAUGGAGAGGGAUGGGGAUGGGACACUCCAUUCUGAAACUGGUCUGGGUUUUUGACUUUGGAAAAGCAUUGACUGUCAAAUAAGAGAAGAGCUCCUGGGUAAGCUUCUUUGCCAAGUUCUAGUUUAGCAGUGUCCCUCAUGCCAAGCCACUGGCCGCUUCAUGUUCAGAAUGUGAGGCCGAGUAAAACC